GUUUGAGUGUUGCGAGAGAACAGGAAGGAAGGAACGAACGGAAGUUUACAAACACGAACGAGAAAGCUAAUGCUCAGCUGAUAUUGUUGUUUUGAUCGUCAACAGUCGACUACUUUAAUUGAAAACAACAUAAAGUCAAGAUGGUUUGUGAAAAGUGCGAGAAGAAACUCGGUAAAGUCAUCACACCUGACACCUGGAAGGAUGGAGCACGAAAUACAACAGAGGGGGGUGGACGUAAGCUAAACGAAAACAAGAUGCUGACUUCGAAGAAAGCCAGAUUUGACCCGUACAGCAAGACAGGUUUUGCUAUCUGCAGGAUCUGCAAGAGCUCUGUCCAUCAGUCUGGAUCCCACUACUGUCAGGGCUGUGCAUAUAAGAAAGGAAUAUGUGCAAUGUGUGGAAAGAAGGUUUUGGAUACCAAGAACUACAAACAGACAUCAGUGUGACGACAUGACAAUCAGAGAGCAGUUCAACGAGUGAAUAACAGACAGAAGGAUGAGACAGGCAUGUUUUUUUUCACCACCCUGUCACAUUUUCACUAUUCAUCCCACCCUGUUAUAGACACCUAUAACUCUUUAAUAGUUAUUCCUCCCUCCUACUUGGAAGAGAGACUUUUGGAGGAGGCUUUACAACACGAUAUAAAACAAUGCUGCUGUAUCUUUUACAGUGGCCAUAAUUAAGGUAGCACCUGUUUUCAUCAUGUCAGGUAUUCAAGACUUUAUGUAUAUUUUAAAUUUCAUUUUUUGACUUGGAUUCUUUUACUUUUGCUUUUAAAAUCUGUUUGUAAUAUAUCGCAUUGUUUAUUUUGAGUGAAUAAAAACAUUCAAUAUGA